CUUGCCAAAAAAAGACCACUUAUAAUAUUAAUUUUAUGAAAUACAUUUUUCCGGUUCGGACCCUAAUCUGUUAAAAGCUAUUGUUUCCUUUAUGCAUGUGAGUACUUCUGCUACUGCUAAAAACACCGUCAUAAGUCAACGGGAACAAACCGUUUAAAAACGAAUCUUACCAUUAUUUAUACAGUUCAAAUUUAUGAAAAAGCCCAUUCGGCGAUAAUAAGUUUUGUUAUCACCAAAAAUAAUGCUCUUUUCUUUUUGCCAUCCGCGUGGCUGAUUGUUCUUUGAAUAAGCUGUUACAUAAAUUUGAACCUUAAUACUAUCACGACAGUGAAAUUGCUUGUUAUAGAUCGUGGCAUUCACGAUGACGCGUGCCUUGAAUCGUAUUGUCAUAUUAUUAAAGGUUAGAUUUGAUAAAUCUGCGCGUCAUUGUGGAUGACACGAACUGUAACAACAUGGUUGCUUUGGCACGCGACUUAAUAAUAGCAGGGCAGCUUGUGGCGAGCUGUUGGGGAGUAACGACCCCACGGACCUGAGUACUCCCGAGAGUCGGUCAGGGUCUCCGUCUCCGGCGUGUCUUCGUCAGUUGGAGUGGAUCCCAAGGGGACCCGCAGGACUCUCAGCUCUGGCUUGCCUUCAUUGGCCGUCCAGAGAGGAGUCGUUAAAGCUAAAUGCUCCAGGGGUGGAAGUGAAAAUUUGCAUAAGACGCGAAUUGGCACAGUGGCUGCUAUCAGCCACUGGGUAGAAAGCGGCGUAUACUUCUCGAUACCCCUGAGCCGCUCACACCGGUGUUGCUACUGGUCGUCUACGUCUUCACGACGGCAGUUUCAGGGGCCCAUCUAGUGGGCGGCGAGUCACCGCCUGCCUCGAUAACUAGUGAAAACAUUGUUAUGGCAGGUGUCCGGACGUCUUUGCAAUAACCCAGUCUCAUAAUUGUCCACCCAAACUUCAAUCCAUAGUCCAUUAUACUGUUCACUUUUCUACAAUAGUCCCAAUGCCUGCUGCGACCGGUUCAUGGAUGUCUAUUGUUGAGCCUGUGAACGGGUUCCAGCAGGCUUUCUGCAUGAUAUUAAAGCUCUCCAAAGGGGCAUCUACGUGUUGGAUCUAUAUCUCCACGCAAGCCUAUCAAAAGACCGGGAUUUAUAGGCCCGUGAAAUCCAAGGAGAUACAAUAAUAAUAAUAAAAUACUUUAUUGCACACUACAUAAUAAAAGUUACAAAGAAUUCAUUGGAGUCUAACAGUGUAGGUAACAACAGGCGGACUUAUUGCUAAACAGCGAAUUAAUUCAUUCGCCAAGGGGUUAAAAAUUUGUACCGGGUCGAAUACAUUUUUUGAGUACGAGACUUGAAACGUUUUAGAAAAUCAUAAUAAUAGAAAGGGAUUCAAAUGGGGUUAAAAUAUUUUGUGCAAAUGAAAUACAUUCUUUAUAUAAAAUUCGUACAAAAAAUUAGAAUACAAGAAAGAAAGUUUUGUACGAAGCAGAGUGUUUUAUAGGUACUCGCGGGCCCACACUGGAGCGCCCCUAGGGCAGACCCUUGCAUGCCGACACAACACAACAAACCCCACGAGGGCCACAACUCAGUUCGGCUUACACUCGCUUGUAAGUCGCACGCCGACCGCGCUCCGAAUUUCGAGCGACUUUCUCCUAAACGUGCAGUGCUUAAAAUCAGUGAUGGAUUUGUCCUGUGAAGAGAACAUGCAGGUGUCUGCUGGGAGCACGGGUCGGGACAUGUGUGUCGCAGGUCCCGAUCGGGCGCUGGACCGGGACCCCAGGCUGCUGGGGAACCUGCUGGCGCUGGAGAGGUUCCACGCGCUCCACACGGACUAUUUCCAGCAUGUACAGAUCGACAUUCAGCCCUUCAUGAGGAAGGUUGUCACCACUUGGAUGCUCGAGGUCUGCGAAGAGCAACAAUGUGAAGAGCAAGUGUUCCCGCUGGCAGUGAGCUAUAUGGACCGUUUCCUGGCGCAGCGCGCCAUCUCGCGGCAGCAGCUGCAGCUGCUCGCCGCCACCGCCAUGCUACUCGCCUCCAAGUUCCGCCAGUGCCAUCCGCUCUCGGUGGACCUGCUCUGUGCUUACACUGACAACUCAGUUCUCCCUCAUGAAGUUAGGCAAUGGGAACUGUUGCUGCUCCAGCGGCUGAACUGGCAGCUGUCCAUCGCGACCGCGUUUGACUUCAUAGAGCCGUUCCUGGCGCGGGUGCCGUGGGGCCGCGCCAACCCCUUAGUGCGCACACAUGCCCUAACACUCACAUCCGUCUGCUAUACUGAAACCGAGUUUCUCUUGGUGCCGCCCUCCCUGAUCGCAGUGGCGUGCAUCACGGCGGCAGCGCGCGGGCUUCGCGUGCGCGUGUCCGUCAGCGAGCUGUGCGCGCUCACGCACACGGCCGCCGCCGCCGCCGAGCUGGUGGCGCGCCACGUGGAGCGCGUGCUGGCGCGCGAGACGCAGCCGCAGGAGCCCCGCCCGCGCCCCGCCCCGCCCGUCAAACAGCCCACCGACACCACCCAGCUGCCCGACACCCCCACAGAUGUCCAGGACGUACAUUUCUGAUCUCCUGCCGCAAAUAGUGGGGCUUAAUCACAAAUUCGGUCUCAGUUUCGUCGAUGGCGAAACAUUACAAAUUUCUGAUCCCUUAACUCGUUCGAAAACGAAGGUCUAAUGUUUGAGGGCGAGGCGCUGACAGUCAGCAUCGAAAACUUCUACGUUACUUAUCUAGAAGUCGAGUUAUGAUCCGGAAGAGUUCUGGGAAGAGUUGAGACCAGGUUGUGAAUCGCAUAGCAGCAACUACUAAGCUUAUAUAGCUUGCGUCGUAUCUAUAUCGGUUUUAAGUCGAAAAUAGAUACAUGCAUGAUCUCGGAGUUGAAAACAUGAGCAAGAGAAUAGGUGUGUUAACGUUUUUGCUCAAAUUGCAGUGAUAUUGCACAAAUUUUUGAAUCUCUAAAUAAGAUUGCGCCUAUUGUCCCAUCAAAGACACUUUUUGUGCUGCAUUUGGGUGCAGGUAAACGAUAAAUUGAAUGAACGUUUGUGUGGCUAUUAAAAACGUGAAAUGAACACCUGAGGAAAUAAUAUUAUAAAAUUCUCCAUUGAUCUCAAGUUAUUUAUGCGAAAUAUUACUUUAAAGUAGAUUUACGUUAUUUAUUAAUUGUAAACAUGCUAAUGAAAAAUCUGGAUAAAUAUCAGUGUUUGAACGUACAACUACUUACAUUCCUUUUUACAACUACAUUUGCUGCUUAUACUGUAUAAGACUGAAUAUAAAAUUAUUGUUUUUUACAUGUUUUACAAUAAAAUACUCAUUGACUUUGUACCUAAUGUUAGUUUGCGCACAAGUAUUUAGGUUGUAUGAUCAUGGUUUAAAUUAUUCCUAUCAUAUGAUACGAUGCGAUCAUCGGCAAUGACAUCAAGCCUAUUACGAUUAGAAAUAAUUAAGAAUAACGUAGUUAUGUACUGCUUGUAUGUGUCGUCGAAAAAAUAUUCAUACUUGUUUGAUUACUGUUUUGUGUGUCAUUGUUUAAGUUAUAAGAUCUCACUUCGUAUUAAGUUGGUAUAUUACCUGUACAAAGGUGUGAGUAUUUUAAUUUUUUACUAAUUUAGAAUUAAAAUUCUUGAAAGUAUGUAAUAUCUAUUUAUUUAGGUUGAUGUUAAGUUUUAGUAAAUUCUAGUCACAUGUUUUACACAUUCCUGUUUUCGACCAAACUUGAUGUUUAAGGUUUAUUUUAAAUGUAGACGUUUAAGUAAGUUUUAGGGUAGAUAACCAAUUUGGAUUUGCAUUGCACAAGAAGGUUCAUAGUUUUGUAAUCACGUUGUAAAAAGUUUUUGUGGUAAUGAAAUUACGAGAGAAAAAUGAUCGUGUGUAAAGAUUAUGGCUAUGAAGUUAAGAAAUGGUACUCGUAGGCUCGCCUGAGCAUGGCGGCGGCGGCGCGUCGACGGCCAGCGGCCGCGGCGGCGUUACGCGAUGUUAAUUAAACUAAUUAGAUUAAAUUAAAGGCCGAGCUUUCAAGUUUCUCCCUUAAUUUUAUAACAACGCCACGUAAACUUCACAUACUUAAGUAAAUAUACACCUCCACGCGGAGCCUAAUAUACCGUAGGACUACUCCGUAUUACAUGUUGUACAGUUUAUAAACUUAAAUCGGAGCUAGUUAUAUUGGGGUGGUUGAUCAGGAUGUUUUACUACACACUACUUACUUGUACCUUAUAGAUUAUUUAUUUGUGUCCACCUGAAUUAGGUACUUUGUUAAUUGCUAAUAAGAUAGUUGAAAUAUACAACUAGAAAUGUC